AUGCCACACCCCAAUAUACGAGAGAAACACCAGGGAAAAGCCAAGAGAGAAGAGCCAGAGAGAACAAUUGGAGCCGUGCGAGUUGUAGAAGCUAGGACAAUUCCAGAGAGAGCUCUGCUGGCACCUGUGUUAACGUGUUCAUUUAUCAAGAUACUAGGGCCUACUUUCGUUCCCUCCAGCUGCUCUAGGACUUCAUUCUCCGUCAAUUGUAAGCACAUUAAUAAUGCGACCAUAUUUUUUCGUGCGUUUCUUUUUUCUUUUUUUUUUAUUUAUUUUUUAGUUGAUUACAGGAAAACUGUGGCGCGCCUUGGUCAAGCGCAUGCCCUGGUAUGCUGGAGCGCAGAGCUUGGGUAUGGCUUCCCUAUGCGUUAG